CGGACUCGUCGGUCGUAGUGCGUGACGAUCAUACACAUUUACCUGAUGGAACUGAUAUGGAAAUAUUACAAAUUAGAAAAACUUUAAAACGUAAAGUUAUAGAAGAAUCUGGCCCAAUAGAUCGUAUAGUCGAAGAAGCAUACCACGCUGCUAAUCGUCAGUCUCAAUCCAGUGAUUUGAUUAUUAACUUACCGUCGAGUAAAUCCGCUAAUUAAAAGCUAAUUAAAAUAGAAAUUAAUCAACGGACAGUAAAUCCGCGGACAGUAAAUCGUGUAAACCAUAGCGUCUACAUCCACCUUGCAGCAAACAUUUAGAGAGAAGCACUCAUUUUUUCACAUUGUAUGUUGAUUUUCUACUAAUUUUUAUUAACAUUCUCAAAAUGACUAGUUGCAGUUGAUUUCUAUAUUAUUCAAAAAUAUGUUCAGUUUUAACCGGUUUCACUUUUCUUUUAUAGAACUGCUCAUGACCGAUCUCAUAUACGUGUGGAUCAGAAAUUAAAAGAAAAAUUUCGUUUACCAUGGGAGCAAAAUGGUAAUCGUAGUUUACCAUCAGAUACCGAGGACGAUAUAUCAGCAAAUGAGGUGACAAAUGAGUCACUGACGCGUGACAAACCAACACCAACUAAACCUGUUUUAUCAAAGACAGCCAAAAGAUUAUCAAUGCAAAAAUUUAAAUGGGAAAAAUCUGGCGGUUACAUAUCGUGUGUUGAUGAUCAAAAUUUAGUAUUUGGUGUAAAAGAAAUCGAAGCAAAGGUUGUCGAAGUUGUUCUGAAACGACGAAAUCCAGAUGAUAUAUUUCAAAGAUGGUUGAUUAAAUCAGUAAAUGUUAAUACAGACAAUGAUGACAAUCAACAAGAUGAUACAUUAAUGUUGAAUACAUCAUUUGCAAUUGUAUCAAAAGCUCGUCCAACAAUGGCUUUAACAAUCUUGUUACCAUCAUAUACCGGUUCAGAAUCAAAUGAAAAUUCUGUAUCAUGUGUUGGUUGUACGGUUACUCUUCAAAUUCGAAGACAUGAAGAAAAUGGAUGUGCAAAUCAAAAAUGGAACUAUGAUACCACGCUUGGUUUCUUGUAUCCAUUUUAUUCUUUAACUUUAAUUGAUAAAGAAAUUACGGCGGCUAAUCGUGCUAAUAUUUGUUCUUAUACGGUUGUUAAAGAUGAUAUAUCUCAACCGGUAUGUAAAUCUAUUUUCUAUUUUGAAAUAUCUGUUGGAAUUUUUACGUGUACUUAUUUUGUUUUGCAGGGUUAUAUGGUUUCCAUAUUAAAUAAUCAAGAUCAAAUAGAAAAUGUUGAUGUUUGUUUGGCAUGUGCAAAGUCGAUGCGUGGAAAAUAUCGACUCAUUAAAAUGGAAACAAAUAGAAACUUUUCAUGCGCUAUCGGAAGACGACAAGAUUUAAAGUUCAGUGGUUCAUUUCAUUGUUUAAAUCAUAAAGUUGAUCUAUCCACAGAUGAAGCUGAAAAUACAUAUUUGACUUGGAAAGAAAAAUAUGAAAAACUAAAAGAGGAAGCAAGUGUUCGAAUUAUAGUUAAAGAAUUAGCAGCUGCUAAAUCAAUUCAAACUGUUCAUCUACUUGCUUAUCGAAAUGGAGAUGGACAUACAAAAAUUGGACAAUUACUUGUUGGAUCAAGUAUUCUUGGUUUAUUGGAUCAAGCAACGCAGCGUUUAAAAUUAACAAAUGCAGCUCGACGUUUUUAUACAAUUGACGGGAAUGUUAUAUUGACUAUCGAAGAUUUAAUCCAAUGGACAUCAGAUUAUUACAAGAGAAAAUAUGCAAAAUCGUCAAAACCUGAAAAACACAAUGAAGUUUUGUCUUCCACCUUGGAAACGUCAGGAGCCAAUGCAAAACAACAUUAUCAAAAUUUACCAAAACCAUUAGAUAUUCAACGUGCAAUGAAAAAAAAUGCGAAUGGAACAACUGAAAUAGAUAUGAAACAACUGUUAAAAUUUCCCAUUGAAAUAUGGGUCUCAUCAGGAGAACCAUUUGCUAAUCCAAAAGAUAUUGAUCAACGGCAAAAUCAACGUAUAGUACAACGAGAACAACGAACAAUAACUGAACAUGAAUUAGAGAAAGAGAAACAUUCACUACGUUUAAUACAAGGGCGUCGAAUAUCCGGUCAACAACCGGGUGAAUUAGUACCUCAACAAAAUCCACAGGAACCUGUUGUUAAACAAGGACACUGGACGGAACAAUCGGAUAUUGAGUUAGAUAAAAUCGAUGACGUUGAACAAUUAAGGACUUCGUUAGAUGAAAUUCGUAUGUCACAACAACCGGAAAAUACUCGCCCAAGUUCAACAGGGAUCACCAAUCGUCUUAUUCAACAUCCAAAACUUACACAUAUAUUAGUAUAUGCUAAUGGUGAUCUGCCAACGAAUGCAGUUUCGUGUUCUGGCAGUAGUCUCGAAGAAAUAAUGGAAAAUUCAAAGCUAAAAUUAAAUCUAAUGCAGCCAAUACAGGCAUUAUUCGAUGAAACUGGACAACUAAUUGAACGUUUUGAUCAAAUUUAUCGUAAUCAAAAAAUUUGUGUCUCUACAACAAAAACAUUUACAACAGCUUCUGAACGUCAAAAAGACGUUGAAAUUAAGGCUAGUUGGGCGCGUACACGUAAAAAUUAUGGUGAUUCUGCCACUGAUAUUCGAGUUAAUUCCUCUUUAUCCUUUCCUUCCGUUGAUCCGUAUGGACCUCCAUUACUUACUAUUGGUGAUCAAAAUCAACUUCGACCACUUCAUGCUACACAGACAAUGACUCAAAAUCCGGUCUUGGCUAUUGAAGAACCAGCAUCACGAUUAUUGAGACCACCAACAGCCAAACCAAAAUUCACUAGAACAAUAAUUGAACAACCACAACAAGAAGAUCAGCCCCCUCCUGUAACGCCUGCAAAAUCGUUUCUAACAGAAACAGAUACGUUCGAUGUACCACCGCCACAAUCAAUGAAUAAACGACAACAACAACGUUCAGAUGCGACAUCGAUUGCUAAUAAUUUCUUUUCAAGUCCAAUAACGAUAACAAAUGAUUUUGUUAAAGAUUCAACCAAUGCUAGUGAUGACGAUAAUGGAAAUAUGGAAAACGAUGACAAUGAUGACGAAACUGAUAGUGAGAUACAACGUAUAACGAAUACAUCCGGAGCAAAUAAUGAUUUGUUGUUAGGAGAUGACCGGUUAAACGAAUACAGUCGAUUUUCACGACCAACAUCAUCAAAACAACCUCGGAGUACAACAACAAGUCGAACAGAAAAUAGUCCAUUGUCAAGACUGUUUGGUGACGAAAAAAAGUCAGAUAAUAAUAAUAAACAGAAAAAGUAUGAUGAUGAUGAUUUUAUGGCACUUUUAAAUAAAAAAUAA